AUGGGCACAGAACUAAUGAGGAUCUGUGUGAAAGACGAAAGUGACGAUUUGCCAUCAGUGCCUCCUGGGUUUGAGUCAUAUGCAACUUUCACCUUAAAAAGAGUAGUCCCUGGUGGUGAUAAAACCAAGAAUGCUACUGAAAGUGUUUCUAUAACUGAACAAGCUAAGAUGGAAAUUGAAUCUGAUGACGCUAAAGCUGCUCGCUCUCUACGGCGUAGACCUUGGAUCAAUUAUGAUGACGAUGGUGCAAACAUUGACAAUGCCAUAUCUCAAAAUCUUGAUCAAAAUUCUGUGGUGAAGCCUUCUCUACCAACGGGCGCAGAAUGUAAAGACUGCCAGAAGGUAACUGCGAGAUGGCAUCCGGAAGAAGCUCGUAGGCCUGACAUUGAAGACGCCCCUGUAUUCUACCCAAGCGAAGAGGAGUUUAAAGACACUCUGAAUUAUAUUGCUAAAAUAAGACCGACGGCUGAAAAGUAUGGAAUCUGUCGCAUUGUUCCUCCUCCUUCCUGGAAACCUCCGUGCCCGCUGAAAGAGAAGCAAGUAUGGGAGGAAACUAAAUUUACGACUCGUGUUCAGAGAGUUGAUAAGCUUCAGAAUCGGAGUUCGAUGAAGAAGAUGUCUAAGGUUUCUAGUCAAAUGAGAAGGAAGAAAAGAAAGUGCAUGAAAAUGGGAAUGGAUUCGGGCACUAAUGGCAGUCCUGUAGGCACCGAAAUGAGUGAACUUGAGACGUUUGGGUUUGAACCUGGUCCAGGGUUCACUCUAAAAGACUUCAAAAAAUAUGCUGAUGACUUCAAGGCUCAGUACUUUAAGAAGAGUGAAACUUCUACAGACAAUGAAUGCAAAGUAGGUAGUUCCAUGGACUUCUGGGAGCCAGCAGUUGAGGAUGUUGAAGGUGAAUAUUGGCGGAUUGUAGAUAAAGCAACUGAAGAGAUUGAGGUGCUAUAUGGUGCCGAUCUUGAAACUGGGGUAUUUGGUAGCGGAUUUCCCAAGUUAUCAUCAAGCCACGAGGCUUCUUCGUCAAACGAAAAAUAUGCAAAAUCAGGAUGGAACUUAAAUAACUUUUCAAGGCUUCCGGGAUCCCUUCUUUCGUACGAGGGCAGUGAUAUUUCUGGUGUCCUGAUACCGUGGCUGUAUAUUGGGAUGUGCUUUUCUUCUUUCUGUUGGCAUGUAGAAGAUCACCACUUGUAUUCGAUGAAUUAUUUGCACUGGGGUGCACCAAAAUUGUGGUAUGGUGUUGCGGGGAAGGAUGCUGUUAAACUCGAGGAGGCCAUGAGAAAGCAUUUGCCUGACCUUUUUGAAGAACAGCCUGAUUUGCUUCAUAAGCUAGUUACACAACUCUCCCCGUCAAAACUGAAAACCGCAGGAGUACCUGUGCACCGUUGUGUCCAGCAUGCUGGAGAGUUUGUCUUGACUUUUCCUCGGGCAUAUCAUGCUGGGUUUAAUUCUGGUUUCAACUGCGCUGAAGCUGUGAAUGUAGCACCAGUUGACUGGUUACCUCAUGGGCAGAUUGCCAUAGAGUUAUACUGUCAACAGGGUAGAAAAACGUCCAUCUCCCAUGAUAAAUUGUUGCUUGGGGCAGCAAGAGAAGUAGUGAAAGCCGACUGGGAGCUGAACUUACUAAAGAAAAAUACCGCAGAUAACUUAAGGUGGAAAGAAUUCAGUGGAAAAGAUGGAAUUUUGGCUAGAACACUCAAGGCACGUGUUGACAUGGAACGUACAAGAAGAGAAUUUUUGUGCAACUCGUCACUUGCAUUGAAGAUGCACAGUAAUUUCGAUGCUACUAACGAGAGAGAGUGUUGUAUAUGCUUCUUUGAUUUGCACCUGUCCGCUGCUGGUUGCCGUUGUUCUCCAGAGAAGUAUUCAUGUUUGACUCAUGUGAAGCAGUUGUGUUCAUGCUCAUGGGUUUCUAAAUAUUUCCUGUUUCGCUAUGAUAUCGAUGAACUGAAUGUUCUUGUUGAGGCAGUGGAAGGAAAACUUAGCUCUGUAUAUAGAUGGGCCCGUCAAGAUUUGGGAUUGGCAUUAACUGCACACGUCUCAGAAAGCAAGAUGGAGAUAGAUGAGGAAGAAAAAGUGCACACGGACCUGAGUCCACAAGCAGCUGCAGUUUUAGAAAAAGAUUUGCAGCUGAGAGAAGAUCUAAGUAAAGGGUUAGAAAAGAAGAGUAAAUUAUCAUAUGCUAAUUUACUUCUGAAAGACAAGGAGCAGCAGUUAACAUUAAGCCACUGUAUGAAGCCUGACCAAGAAGAAACUGUUGAUUCCUCUGUUCCAAAAGUUUCAGUUUACCAACCAUCUAAAGGAGGAGGCAUGGUUUCUGUGACAGCUGCUAAGUCGGCAAGUGGUAAAAAGGAUUCACAGAGUCUACCCAAUGAUGUGAUACUCCUUAGUGACGACGAGCAUGACACACCUAAGAAGCGAGGUCCUGUGAGAAGAGAUGCAGUUUCUUCUGGGAAGCAUUUGGAACUACGAGAGAGACCGACCCAUGUUUUAGCGUUAGAAGCUCCUGGUAAAAUUGCUGCUCCAAUUCGUCAAAGGGAAGGAGACUCUUUACCAGAUACACAAAAGGCUAUAUCAUUUCCUACUAAUGACCAAAGAGCAAUGGGAGGGAAUGUGUCGAGUUCUGCAUUGCAUGCGGAUGUUAAUGGCGAGGCUGAUGGGGUUGCUCAGGAUAUAUGUAACAGAAUGGACACUAACAACCACGGUGGUGGAAAAGCUACUAGCUGUAAAUCCAAAAGCUCUGGAGGUUUGGCUGUAUUGGAUGUAGUUGAUGGGACAAGAAGUAAUUCAGGUACACCUUCUUGUUCGCAAAAUAACAGCCCGGAUAGGUUCAUCCGCCAAAAGGGUCCCCGUAUUGCAAAGGUCGUGAGGAGAAUCAAUUGCAAUGUAGAGCCUUUAAGUUAUGGAUGUGUGCUUUCUGGAAAAUCAUGGUGCAACCGCCGAGCAAUUUUUACUAAAGGAUUUCGUAGCCGGGUUAGGUACCUAAAUAUAUUGGAUCCAACAAACAUGUGCUUCUACAUAUCAGAGAUUCUGGAUGCUGAACGCAACAGUCCGUUGUUCAUGGUUUACUUGGAAGGUAAUCCCAGUGAGGUGUUUGUUCACUUGUCGCCUACAAGAUGCUGGGAGAUGGUAAAAGAUAGAGUAAACCAGGAGAUAAGUAAGCAGCACAAAGCCGGAAAAUCAGAUCUUCCUCCUUUGCAGCCCUCUGGGAGUCCCGACGGUUUCGAAAUGUUUGGAUAUUCAUCACCCGCAAUUGUACAGGCUAUCGAGGCAUUAGACGUGAGUCGAGUUUGCACAGAGUAUUGGGAUACCAGGCCUUAUUCGCGGCCACAAGUUCAGUUCCCUGCAAAUCCUCUUCCCAGAGAAGCCAGCACAAGCGUCAGACCAUUGGCUCUCCAGAAAGCUCCCGGACACCAUCUACUGCCUGCUGGAACGAAAUCCGCACUCAAAGUUCUGCUGAAGAAAGCUAACAUGGAGGAACUAAGCUCACUUGAACAGGUUUUAAGGGAGUCUAACACAGAUUUGGUGAACGAACUUGUGAAGGAAGAGAUCCAGAAGCGCAGCUGA